UGGCUGCGCCCUGAACCAACCUGACUUUAUUUAUGUUGUUUUGUGAAUAACACUACAAUCUAUUUGUGCUUACGCAACUGAAACAAAAUGAACGGGGCAAAUGUGUCAUGCUAUGCUUUUAGGUUUGUCCGUCUUCACAAACGUGAAAUAUUACGUGCGAGUAUUGCAGGACAACGAUUGAAAAGCACCCAGUCUGGAAAUGACAGCCACUCUCAUCUCUUGUUAUCAAGAUGCACGGGCCACACAAUCCACAGAGGCUAUUCAACCAAUUCGUUAGUGAGAGGUUGUCGGGGACUGCUGUACAGAAAUCACGGAGACCCUUCGCAAGUUGUACAGUUGGAAAAUGUAGACCUGCCCCCAGUUGGUCCCCACAGCGUGCUGGUGAAAAUGCUGGCUGCUCCCAUCAAUCCCGCCGACAUCAACAUGGUUCAAGGCACCUAUGCCAUCCUGCCUGACCUGCCCACUGUGGGGGGCAACGAGGGGGUGGGCCAGGUGGCAGAGGUCGGCAGCCAGGUGACAACACUGAAAGUGGGCGACUGGGUGAUCCCGAGAGACACAGGCCUUGGCACGUGGAGGACAGCUGCAGUGCUGAGUGCGAAGGACCUCAUUUCGCUGCCUAGCGACAUUCCUCUCCUGUCUGCGGCAACGCUUUCAGUGAACCCUUGUACUGCUAUCAGGAUGCUGUCGGACUUUGAAGACUUAAAACCAGGUGACUCCGUGAUUCAGAACGCAGCCAACAGUGGAGUUGGCCAGGCUGUCAUCCAGAUAGCUGCAGCCAGAGGAGUUCACACCAUCAACGUGGUCAGAGACAGACCUGACCUCCAGCAACUCACAGACAGGCUGAAGGCUAUGGGGGCCACUCACGUCAUCAAGGAAGAGACGCUCAGGCGCCCAGAAAUGAAGGAACUGUUUAAGACUUGUCCUCGUCCAAGGUUGGCUCUCAACGGUGUUGGAGGGAAGAGCGCCACAGAGCUACUUAGGCAUCUGCAGACUGGAGGUACAAUGGUGACCUACGGGGGGAUGGCAAAGCAGCCGGUUACAGUACCUGUGAGUGCACUGAUCUUCAAAGAUGUGAAAGUACGAGGAUUUUGGGUCACACGCUGGAAAAAGGACCACAGUCACGAUGAAACGGCUGCGAGAGGUAUGCUUGACGAGCUGUGUGCCCUCAUCCGAGCGGGGAAACUCACCGCCCCUGCCUGCACUGAGCACGGCCUGGAGGACUUCAAGAAGGCCUUGGACGCAGCCAUGCAGCCCUACACCUCAGCCAAGCAGGUGCUGCUCAUGUGAUCAUAGCACACAAAUCAGAAAAGCAUUUGUUUCUUUGUAUGUUUCAGAGAUAUAAAUCCCAGUUCAUAGUACAGUGGGGGGAAAAACGUGCUACAUUUUCCUCUACCCAUGCUUGUUUUGACUGAGUGGUUAAUCUGUCUGUGCUUAUCUGACCUAGAGAUGGUAAGAUCACAUUCAAUGAAUUUGCAGUAAAAUGUGACGGGCUGUUUGUUUGCAGAAGCCAUGAGGUAUUUCAAGAAGGUGGCUCAUUAGCACGCCAGGUUGAGUUCAUCUAGAGCAGGGGUGUCAAACAGAGGGCCCGGGAGCCAGGUGCAGCCCGCCUGAUGGAUCAAUCCGGCCCCAGACUUGUAGAGACAAAAAAAAAGAGAAAACCAAAACUAAGCCUGAAAAUUGUUACAUAGUUGCUGGAGAUGUCUGAGAGUUCAGGUUUUUAGUACUUGAGACCAAGUUUGCCUUUUUUUGCUUGCCAAUUACAGCCAAUACUCAUGAUAUGGCUAUGGUCUACUAAAAUUCGAUUCUGUUAUGAAGAAGAAAUGUACGAUAUUUGCCAUAUCUUUAGUGGAGUGGUCGGGCCCACUUCAGACCAAAUAAUUGGCUGUAUGUGGCCCCUGAACCAAAAUGAGUUUGACACCCCUGAUCUAGAGGUAGUGGUCAAUCAGCUAAUAAAAGAGCCUGCUGUCCACAUUUUCACAAGGAAAUGACAGCUGCAGCCUUUGAACUAGCCAUUUUUUCCCGCUUUCUGGGGUCUAUACUAAGAAGCUGGUUCAGGAGUAAACCAGGGUAAGAGGUAAUCAUCUAAUCUAAUAGAAGAGCCUAGAGUCCUCAUUUACAAUUAAGAAUGAGGACUCCAGGCUCUUCUAUUAGGUGAUUUACCUCUUCACUUAACCUGGUUUACUCCAGAGCCAGAUUCUUAGUAUAGGCCCCCUGUAGAUUAAUUUAUCCAGGAUUAUAAUAUAACCAUGUGCUUGGAAUACCCCACAGGAUUGACACCUCUGGUUUGUUUGUAUGCGAUCGAGUUGGUCAUUCUCACCGAGCUCAUGUCACUGCACUCUCCCCAAAUUUCCUGCAUCUCUCUCCCUGUCAUAUCUAACUUGAGCGGCCAUGUGAAAAAAAUAAUAAAACAUGUAAUUACAUAACA